ACAGUGCCUGCCAAACCAAAGACGACGCCCUUUCUAUCCUUCUUCAAACGAUUAGUCAAACAAACAAAAACAACAACAAACGAAACAAUCAAACAUCAUAACAAAACCCAUAAAUAGUCUUCUUAUAUAUAUAUAUAUAUGUAUAUAUUACGCAAUUAUAAGACUUUCUCUCUCCUCUCUCUCUCUUUCGCUCUCUCUCUAGAGGUCUGAGUGGUUCGUCGUCGUCGUCGUCUUCAUGUGUUUAUCGUUGUCGAUGUGAUAUCGUGCCCUAGAUCUUGAGACUGGAGGGGGGGAAAGAAAAGUCAAUCUAGGAAAGCUUCUUCAGAUUCCAGAUCUUUGAUUGUGGCGACGACCGAGAUUCUCGUGGAUUCCAAGAUCGCUCUGAGUUCGAUUUAGCUUCUUCAAUCAGGGGUUUCUAUUGCAGAGUCAUUUGGAUCAAUCGAUUGAGCAUUGAAAAGAGUAGCAUAUUGAGAUGAAAUUGUGAUGCAUUUAUUCUAGAUGAAGACAGGUCACGCGUGGCGUUUAGGCAUGGGUGACAUGCAGAUCUUGCCUGGCUCUCGCCACCGCCCACCUAUGAAGAGGCCGAUGUGGAUUAUUGUUUUGGUCUCGAUGGUCAGCAUCUUUCUAAUCUGUGCUUAUGUCUACCCGCCCCAUAGUAGUGCUGCCUGUUACAUGUUUUCUUCGAGAGGUUGUAAGGCUAUAAUUUCUGACUGGCUCCCACCUGUUCCUACAAGGGAAUAUACUGAUGAAGAGAUAGCAUCUCGUGUUGUGAUUAGAGAAAUUCUGAACGCGGCUCCUAUGCAAUCUGAAAGUCCUAAAGUUGCAUUCAUGUUUUUGACCCCCCAUUCAUUGCCUUUUGAGAAGCUGUGGGACAAGUUUUUCCAUGGUCAUGAAGGAAAAUUCUCUGUUUAUGUUCAUGCUUCCAAGGAGAAACCGGUGCAUGUUAGCGGUUACUUUGUCAAUAAAGACAUACGCAGUGAUCAGGUUGUGUGGGGCAAGAUUUCCAUGGUUGAUGCAGAGAAACGCUUAUUGGCGAAGGCUCUUCAGGAUCCUGAUAACCAGCAUUUUGUUUUGCUUUCUGAAAGUUGCGUACCUUUGUAUAAUUUUGACUAUAUCUACGACUACCUGAUAAAUACAAACAUCAGCUUUGUUGAUGCGUUUGAGGAUCCUGGUCCACAUGGAAAUGGCAGGUAUUCAGAACACAUGUUACCUGAAAUUGACAAGAAAGACUUUCGAAAGGGUGCUCAGUGGUUCACAUUGAAGCGUCAACAUGCUGUUAUAGUCCUGGCAGACAAUCUAUACUACACAAAAUUCCGGGAAUACUGCAAGCCAGGUUUGGAGGGGCGGAAUUGUAUUGCCGAUGAACAUUACUUACCGACCUUCCUCCAUUUGGCUGAUCCUGGUGGAAUUGCAAACUGGUCAGUAACUCAUGUUGAUUGGUCAGAGAGAAAGUGGCAUCCGAAGUCAUACAAGGCCCAGGAUAUUACUUAUGAGCUGCUAAAAAACUUAACGUCGAUCGAUGUGAGUGUGCAUGUAACCAGUGACGAGAAGAAGGUAGUGCAGAAAUGGCCUUGCUUAUGGAAUGGCAUGCAACGGCCGUGUUACCUGUUCGCAAGGAAGUUCAUGCCUGAAGCUCUAGAUAACUUGUUGAAUGAUUUCGCCAAUUAUACAACGUUUUGAGCAGGAUAUUUUUGACUCUAUAUUCUUUGGUCGGAUUGGCCGUUGCUUUUUCGACCGUGUUGCUCCAUCUUGGUUUGCCGUAUAGCUUUUUAAAGAUGUAAAUUGCCAAAUUAUCGAGGCAUGAUUUUCUCCGAUCACGAUUCGUCAGUGCAAAGGGCAACUAGCCAGAGCAGUUAGCUAGGGUGACCUGAUUCAUGCAGGAGGCUAACAUGAUUAGAGUUGCUUCCAUGAGGAUGGGUGACUUGUCUCUAUGACCCGUCCGUUUUUUCGGUUUCGGGCUAUCUUUGUUCUAGAUUUAAGAACAGAAUUUUUGGGGGAACUCUGAUUUCUACAUUUUUAGUUUUAUGCUUUGAUCCUUUUGUAAAAGAUGAAAUGUGAAGUUGCAGAUAUGACACAAGGAUAGCACCCUGAAAUUCAUGCGUCAAAUUCUACAGCGUCUUGUGUCUGCUGAUGUGCCUAUGGAUGCAAGUCUAGUGUAGUUUAUAAUGCCAGUUUUAAUAAUUUUAACCCCAGAUUUUGAAUUUGUAUAUGUUAUCAUUUAA